CAGGAACUUUGGACUUGGGGCACGAGAAUCCAGAAGGCCAGCGUGUGAUCUGCAGAAGAGGAGGACUUGCUGGGUGGCGGGACUGGGCUCCAAGGACUGGAAUGAGAUCAGGCAGCCAUGGGUAUGAGGUGAUGCUGAGAGCAGAGGGGCAUGGCUGCAGCCCUGCAGGUUCUGCCCUAUCUGGUCCGAGCCCCCUCACGUCCACUCUUCUGGGGCUACCCAGUGGCCCGCCUGGCCAGUGGCAUGGCCUUGUCAGAGCAGGCACAACAGCUGUUUGAGAGUGCUGUGGGUGCCGUGCAGCCCGGCCCCAUGCUGCAGAGAGCACUGUCCUUGGAUCCAGAUGGCAUACAGCUGAAGGUACGGGACCGGAGCUUCCAGCUGCAGCAGAACCUGUACCUCGUGGGCUUUGGCAAGGCUGUACUGGGCAUGGCAGCUGCGGUGGAGGAGCUACUGGGCCAUCAUCUUGUGCAGGGUGUGAUCAGCAUUCCCAAGGGGAUCCGUGCUACCAUGGAGCGUGCUGGCAAGCAGGAGCUAUUGCUGAAGCCACAUAGCCGUGUCAAGGUAUUUGAAGGGGCAGAAGACAACUUACCAGAUCGUGAUGCACUGCGGGCUGCACUGGCCAUCCAGCACCUGGCUGAGGGUCUCACAGCUGAUGACCUGCUACUUGUGCUUAUCUCAGGUGGGGGCUCAGCGCUGUUGCCUGCUCCUAUCCCACCUGUCACACUGGAGGAGAAACUGAUGCUCACCAAGCUGCUGGCGGCCCGAGGAGCCACCAUCCAGGAGCUGAACACCAUCCGAAAAUCUCUGUCCCAGCUCAAGGGUGGAGGGCUGGCUCAGGCUGCCUACCCUGCUCAGGUGGUGAGCCUGAUCCUGUCAGAUGUGGUGGGGGACCCUGUGGAUGUGAUUGCCAGCGGCCCCACUGUAGCCAGCACCCACAAUGUGCAAGAUUGCUUGAACAUCCUCAAUCGUUAUGGACUUCGUGCUGCCCUGCCGCGUUCUAUAAAAACUGUGCUUGCUCAGGCAGACUCUGACCCCCGUGGGCCACACACCUGUGGUCAUGUCCUCAAUGUGAUCAUUGGCUCUAACGUGCUGGCACUGGCAGAGGCUCAGAGGCAGGCCCAGCUGCUAGGCUACCGGGCUGUGGUGUUGAGCGCAGCCAUACAGGGUGAUGUGAAAAGUGUGGCUCAGUUCUAUGGGAUGCUAGCCCGUGUGGCUGGAGCCCACCUCACCUCAUCCACAGCUGGGGCCUCUGUGGAGGAGAACGCAAAACUCUGUGAACUUGCAGCUGAGCUCCGGCUUGCAGACCUGCAGCUGGAGGAGGUGCUGGUGGCUAUAGCAGAGACUAAGAGCCCAGUCUGCCUGCUGGCUGGUGGGGAGCCCACAGUGCAGCUGCAGGGCUCAGGCAAGGGUGGCCGGAACCAAGAACUGGCCUUGCGUGUUGGAGCAGAGCUUGCAAGGUGGCCACUGGGGCCUGUUGAUGUACUAUUUUUGAGUGGUGGCUCUGAUGGGCAGGAUGGACCCACUGAUGCUGCUGGGGCCUGGGUCAUGCCUGAGCUUACUGGCCAGGCUGCUGCUGAGGGGCUGGACGUGACCACUUUUCUAGCCCACAAUGACUCUCACACCUUCUUCUGCCGCCUCCAUGGUGGAUCACACCUGUUACACACAGGGCUGACAGGAACCAAUGUCAUGGACAUCCACCUCCUGUUGCUGCAGCCUCAGUGACAGAAUAGGUCCAAAAAAGGCCAGAAAGACCAGAGUGGGUCCCUAGGACCUUGUCAUGCUUUAGGGUUCCUCCCCUCCUCAGCCUUGGCUGCUUGGUUGGUCCUCCCACUUCCCACUUCUGCUCUGUGUUCAUUCCCCACAGUGAGUUUUGUAGAUGGGUGCAGAGCAGAGGGUGGCUUCCCUGCACCUCUCCUUUCUGCCAUGGAAGCAGGCAGCCCUGAAGUCCAGGACAAGCCUGUUGGCCAGUUCACUGUCGUGGAUCUUCUCCCCUGUGCAUUCUCUCUGACUGGCCUGUCAGCCUAUUUCUUCUGUGAAUGAAGCUAGAAAGACUGGAAAUAAAAAGGACCACAUUGGG